ACUCUGCGAGCGCGAUGCCCGAGGGCGCAGUGAGCGAGGCGGCCCUCGCACCUCAGGGCUGGUGAGGGUGGGCCCUCGCGGGGGCGCUGACGAGCAACAGGGGCUUCCAGGGUCAGUACGUGGGCGCCUUGGAAGGCCCUGUAGAGUGGAAAGGGCGUGCCGCUGUUGAGACAGACGGGCUGAGACGGAGCCAGGCACUCUAUCAAGGGCUCCUCAUCAUGAUGGCUGUGGAAGGGUCAACCAUUACCAGCCGGAUCAAGAACCUUCUACGAUCCCCAUCCAUCAAACUACGCCGGAGUAAGGCAGGAAACCGGCGGGAGGAUCUCGGCUCCAAGGUGACCUUGGAGAAAGUGCUGGGAAUAACAGUAUCUGGAGGCAGGGGACUGGCCUGCGACCCCCGGUCAGGUUUAGUCGCCUACCCAGCCGGGUGUGUGGUUGUACUCUUUAAUCCCCGGAAACACAAGCAGCACCACAUCCUCAACAGCUCCAGGAAAACCAUCACUGCCCUUGCCUUCUCUCCUGAUGGCAAGUACCUGGUCACCGGCGAGAGUGGACACAUGCCGGCUGUGCGAGUGUGGGACGUGGCGGAGCGCAACCAGGUGGCGGAGCUGCAGGAGCAUAAGUAUGGCGUGGCGUGUGUGGCCUUCUCCCCUAGCGCCAAGUACAUUGUCUCCGUGGGCUACCAGCAUGACAUGAUCGUCAACGUCUGGGCCUGGAAGAAAAACAAUGUAGUGGCUUCCAACAAGGUGUCCAGUAGGGUGACAGCAGUAUCCUUCUCUGAGGACUGCAGCUACUUUGUCACUGCAGGCAACCGCCACAUCAAAUUCUGGUACCUCGAUGACAGCAAGACCUCAAAGGUGAAUGCCACUGUGCCCCUGCUGGGCCGCUCGGGGCUGCUGGGGGACCUGCGGAACAACCUGUUCACCGAUGUGGCCUGUGGCCGCGGGAAGAAGGCGGAUAGCACCUUCUGUAUCACAUCCUCAGGGCUGUUGUGCGAGUUCAGUGACCGGAGACUGUUGGACAAGUGGGUGGAGCUGAGGCACGCAGACAGCAUCACAACCACCGUGGCCCACUGCAUCUCGGUGAGCCAGGACUACAUCUUCUGCGGCUGUGCUGAUGGCACCGUGCGCCUUUUCAACCCCUCCAACCUGCACUUCCUCAGCACGCUGCCCCGGCCCCACGCCCUGGGGACAGACAUUGCCAGCAUCACGGAGGCCAGUCGCCUCUUCACUGGAGUGGCCAAUGCGAGGUAUCCAGACACCAUCGCCUUGACCUUUGAUCCUGCAAAUCAGUGGCUGUCUUGUGUGUACAAUGACCACAGUAUUUAUGUCUGGGAUGUGAAGGACCCCAAGAAAGUGGGCAAGGUGUAUUCGGCUCUGUAUCAUUCCUCCUGCGUCUGGAGUGUAGAGGUCUACCCUGAGGUGAAGGACAGUCACCAGGCCUGCCUGCCCCCCAGCUCCUUUAUCACCUGCUCUUCUGACAGCACCAUCCGCCUGUGGAAUACAGAGAGCUCCGGGGUGCAUGGCUCCACCCUGCACCGAAACAUCCUCAGCAACGACCUCAUUAAGAUCAUCUAUGUGGAUGGGAACACGCAGGCCCUGCUGGACACUGAGCUGCCUGGGGGAGACAAAGCCGAUGGGUCCGUGAUGGACCCCCGCGUGGGCAUCCGCUCUAUGUGCGUCAGCCCCAAUGGGGAGCAUCUAGCAUCAGGGGACCGCAUGGGCACACUCAGGGUCCACGAAUUGCACUCCCUGAGUGAGAUGCUGAAGGUGGAGGCCCAUGAAUCAGAGAUUCUGUGCCUGGAGUACUCGAAGCCAGACACAGGUCUGAAACUGCUGGCAUCAGCGAGCCGGGACCGGCUGAUCCACGUGCUGGACGCAGGGCGGGAGUAUAGCCUGCAGCAGACGCUGGACGAGCACUCCUCCUCCAUCACUGCUGUCAAGUUCGCAGCCAGUGAUGGGCAAGUCCGCAUGAUCAGCUGUGGAGCAGACAAGAGCAUCUACUUCCGCACUGCACAGAAGACUGGAGAUGGAGUGCAGUUUACACGGACACAUCAUGUGGUCCGGAAGACAACCCUUUAUGACAUGGACGUAGAGCCCAGCUGGAAGUACACGGCCAUCGGAUGCCAGGACCGAAAUAUUCGGAUCUUCAACAUUAGCAGUGGGAAGCAGAAGAAGCUGUUUAAAGGGUCUCAGGGCGAGGACGGCACCCUCAUCAAGGUGCAGACAGACCCCUCUGGGAUCUACAUUGCCACCAGCUGUUCUGACAAGAAUCUCUCCAUUUUUGACUUCUCCUCAGGCGAGUGUGUGGCCACCAUGUUUGGCCACUCAGAGAUUGUCACUGGAAUGAAAUUCAGUAAUGACUGCAAGCAUCUCAUCUCCGUAUCUGGGGACAGCUGCAUAUUUGUGUGGCGACUGAGCUCAGAGAUGACCAUCAGCAUGCGCCAACGACUGGCCGAGCUGCGCCAGCGUCAGCGAGGGAUCAAGCAGCAAGGACCAUCAUCACCCCAAAGGGCUUCUGGGCCCAGCCGACUCAGGCACAAAGUCCCCCUAGUGCUCUCGGCUGGAGCAGCUCUCUCGUCAGACAGUGACAAGGAGGGAGAAGAGGAGGGGCCAGAAGAAGAAGAACUCCCCGCUUUGCCUGUCCCAGCCAAAAGCAUCAGGAAGGAGCCAGCCUUGGUCCCUAGUUCAGCCCUGCCACGAAGCCUGUCCCACUGGGAGAUGAGUCGGGAGACCGGGUUCCUGGGCCCAACUCCUGCAUCCAACCACGGACCCAGAAGAAGGGGGCGCUGGACUCAGCCGGGGGUGGCGCUGAGCGUUCGCUCCAUGCUGGACCUGCGGCAGCUGGACACACUAGCUCAGAGCUCUCAGGGCUCCAGCCAGGACUCUCUGGCCAAGACCCUCUCUGGUUCUGGGAAGUCUGGUCAGCAAGCCCCUGAGGCCUCCCACGCUAGCCAGGUUUCCCAACUCUGUUCCUGCUCCCACGUUAUCCGAUUGUUGUCCCAAGAGGAAGGGGUCUUUGCCCAAGAUCUGGAGUCUGCUCCCAUCGAAGAUGGGACUGUCUACCCGGAGUUGAGUGACAGCCCCACCCCGGAUACCAGUGAGUUCCAGGUGCAGGCCCCGGCCCGCAGGGUCCUGGGGAGAGUGUACCCAGGCAACAGGGGCUCAGAGAAGCACAGCCCUGACAGCGCGUGUUCGGUGGAUGACAGCAGCAGCCACCUUUCCAGCCCUGAGCAUCCCAAUGAAGACUCUGAGAGCACGGAACCCCUGAGUGUGGAUGGCAUCUCCUCAGACCUUGAAGAGCCAGCUGAGGGCGAGGAGGAAGAAGAAGAAGAGGAGGGAGGCACUGACUCCUACAAGCUGCAAGAAGGCAGCCCCCACACCCCGGACCAGGAGCAGUUUCUCAAACAGCACUUUGAGACCCUGGCCAAUGGGGCAGCUCCAGGGGGCCCAGUCCGGGUGCCAGAGAGGACAGAGUCUCGGAGCAUCUCUUCACGAUUCCUGCAGCAGGUGCAGAUACCCCCACUCAGGGAACCAUCACCAGCAGCCUCCAGCCCAGCCCUACAGUCCAAACCAGUCCAGGGACCACAGGUGUCUGGUGAGCAGCUGAGAGGCAGUGAUGCCAACCCCCCGGGUGCUCCCCCAGAAGCAGAGCCUUCCCCCGGCAACCCUGGACCCCAGCAGACAGCCCCCAUGCUGUUGCCACGACGCCGUUUGAGCCCUGACAGCAGCUGGGCCUCCAAGAGAGCAGCCAUAGCCGGUUCCGUAGGUGGACUCCAUGAAGCCCAGUCUGUGCACAGCCUGGGGCCGCAGGAUGAGACCUCUGUACCAGGCCCAUUGCUCACCAGGGAGACCAAGGCCCCAGAGGCCCUGGGCUCCGUGAUGCAGGCAAAUGGCUGUCCACCGCCGCCCCACUCCUACCAGAACCCUACCACCAGCUCCAAGGCCAAGAUAGCCCGCAGCAUCUCUGUCGGGGAGAACCUGGGCUUGACUGCUGAACUGCAAGCUCCGUCUCCAGUCCGAGUCUCACCACUCAGCAAGCUGGCCCUGCCUAGCCGGGCCCACCUGGUCCUGGACAUCCCCAAACCACUGCCUGACCGCCCUACCCUGGCCACCUUCUCACCUGUCACCAAAGGCUGCGCCCCUGGAGAGGCAGAGCGAACUGGCUCCCCAGCAGGCCUGGGGAAGGCUCACAGUGCAUCUGACAGGCGGGCAUGCUUCGGGGAGGGUGUUAUUCCCAAGCCUAGGACAGAGGACCCAGCUCAGCCUGGACCCACCAGCCCCUGUGCCCAGCAACUGGCAGUCAGCAGUCUCCUCCAUGGUCCUGAGAACAUACACCCCCCAUUCCCUGAGAAGACUCCUAGCCCCAUGGAAUGCACCAGGCCAGGGUCAGCCCUGAACCAGGACUCAGACGCAGCUGUGAGCCUGGAGCAGUGUGAACAUAUUGUGGCGGAGCUCCAGGACAAUAUGCGUCGGGCCAUGCGGCUCUACCGAGUGGUGGCCAGCUGCAAGACACCCUCGGUGGAGCAGAGCCGCAUCACUCAGCUCCUCAGAGACACCUUCUCCUCAGUGCGGCAGGAGCUGGAGGCCCUGGCUGGGGCCGUGCUGGCCAGUCCGGGGGGCAGCCCAGGGGCAGUGGGAGCUGAGCAGACGCAGGCCCUGCUGGAGCAAUACUCGGAGCUGCUGCUUCGAGCCGUGGAGCGGCGCAUGGAACGCAGACUCUGAGUUCCCGCAGACUCUCCCAAGUGGACAAAGUGUGGCUCCUUUGCCACUCACCAAAAGCUGCGGGCGGGGAGGCUUGGAGCGGCCCGCAGGGACCAGCGCUCAAGAGGGCCGUCUGCCCCUCAGAGGCCCCUGUAUUUAUUAAUUUAUUUCCCUGACUGUUGCCUCACUUCCUUGGAACCCCUGCUUCCACAGCCCCAGGGCUCGUGGCUCGUGGCAGGGGUCGGUCCUAGGUCUUAAGUCAUCUUGGUGCUGUGAGGGGUGGGAGGGCAGCCUUCCCACCUGGGGAAAUGGGCAGGCCGGCCCUCCCAUUUUCGAAGCCAUUUGAAAUUACUGCAGGGAUCAGCUCCCUGGGGUGGAGCAUACACAGGGUAUUCUGUGGGGUAGAGGUGAGAGGUGGGAGGGUAGUCAGUGCCCUUCAGCAAAUGGGAGCUUCACCUCUACCUCCACUUCCCCUCCCAGACCAGCUGCACUCGCCUGGCUGCAGAGCAGGCCUUGGGUUCUCCCCAAUUCCUCACAGCCCACUGACCCUCCGGGGCAUUGCCUGCCUUUAGGAGACCCCGGUUGUUAUCAGGGCCCCAGCCUCCACCACAUUCCACUCCCAUGCCCCCUUAAGGGACCCCUAGCAUUAUCUGUUACCUACUCCUAACCCCCCCCCUCCCCCCCCAGUCAGCCCUGGUGCAACCAGCUGUGGGACAUUGCUGCAGGACAGUAAGCCCUUGGCUGGGCAAACAUAGCAGCCUGAUUCCCUUUCCUCAGGCCUCCCCCUCCUCUCCAACCCUAGUCCCCACCAGGCUGCCGGAGUCUAGAGGCUACCUGCUCCCUGCAUCCUGAGAGAUGCUCAGUCAGAAGCCUGUGUGGGAAUUUCCUUAUGGUUUACAGGGCGCCAGCCCACCUUCUAAGGACCUUGGCUAUGAGAUGAAACUGUCCUACAUGCAGACGCACACGUGCACACACACAGGCACACAUGCACACGGCUCUAUGUUCUUUGCUUGAGUACUUGAAUGGUGGCUGUGUGCCUGAUUCUGCUUCACUUCCUGCCCCAGCUUCACCACCUGGCUCAUGUACAACUCAACCAUUGGCACAGAAGAGAUGAGACACACUAAACCCAAUUCUGGAUUCUGGGUGCCCAGGCCUAACUAAUGGGAGAUGCCUCGGGGGAACCUGGUCUGGCGGGCAGGAGCCUCCCCAGGUGCUGGAGGUUGGGUAGGGAGGCCUGGGGACCAAGAGACACACUGGAAAGGUGGGAAAUGGGCCAGGUAAGUGGCAGAGGUGCGAGGCUAGUUUAGUAUUGAACGAGUGGGGCAGUGAUUAGGAUCGAGAGGGGACAGACAUGAGGCACAGUAGGCGGUAGAGAGAGACCAAGUAAUGCAGCAUUGGUUGUCAGAGUUGGGUGAAGAGCGUGUGUCUCUGACCCCUGUGGCUUCCCUCUGCCCCCGAAAGGGCAGGGCAGCUUUAGCACAGCUUCAGGCUGCAAAGCCCACUCACUGGCUUGGAUAGCCCUCCAGACCCUGCUGGCUGCAUAGGCGGAAGGGAACUGGGCACUGAAGGAUGCCUGGCUCUGUCACAUCAGUUGCUUUGCACCUGACAUAAAAACCUAUCUCACCUCACUUUCUACCACCGCUGUCACCUGCAUGGGCAAGCUGCAAUGAGGCCGCAGCUUCCAGCGCUCAUGAAGUCCAAGGUGGUCCCUGCAGGGCUGCCCCUGCCAGCUGCCCUGUGAGGGUUGGUCAUCCCUCAGCUCACAACAGCCACAUCCUACCCAAAGUAGGGCUCUAGCCUGGCCCUCUGGGCUUGGCUUUCCCCAUCCUGAGGGGACUACACUCAUACAAAGUUUUUUUUUUUUUCAGAAGGUGGGUUCCUUCCCCC